GCCCUCUAUCGUCGCUGAUCACGAAAAGGACAAGCUCCCACUGCUUUGCGAGGUGAGCCUGUCCAAUCUAGUUUCCCAACGCGUCAUCCCGCCCGCUCAUCCGUCUUGUCCCCGACUUGGGCCGCUCAUUCUUCCAAGUUUUCUGUUCCAUAUGACACUGACACAUUCGCUCAGAACCUCAUUGACUGCAUCGUACGUCUUGCCUACGCGUGGGAUGGCAGACUCGUCCCCGAAUCCCGCAUCGGUUGCAACUAACGCAACGACGGCGCGGCCAAGAGUCGACGCCCCUCCGAGGAGCGGGCGCGGUGGCAGAAGCGGGGGACGUGAUCGUGGUCGUGGUCGUGGAGGACUGGUCUCGGGGAGCAGCGCGGCUGUUGCUGAGGGCGCAACCAUUGUUGCGACUGAAGAAGUCGUCGCGGUUGCGGAAGGAAACACGGGGGACGACGGUGCAACGAGCGCAAUGCGGCAGGCUCGACAGCCCCGGGAAGGGGAGGCGAACAGAAACAGGAAGAAGAUGGGGAAGAAGCGCGUCGGGGAUGGCGUACCGAGCGCCGAAGGACCGAGCGCCGGGGCAGGUGAAGACGGAAUCGCAAACACCGAGGCGAACAAGCGUGCAAAAAGGGAGAAGAAAAAUAAGGGCCCGGCGAAGGAGCAAGCGCCGCGUCCAACACAUUUCUUGUCCCUCUCGCAGGCAAGCGACCCCACGCUCCGCGAGCGCCUGACCGCCUUCGGCGACGCGCUCCUCGCCGCUUCGCCCCCCGUCGCCGGCCUCGACAGGAGCAUCGUCAUCGACCCUCGGCGCGUACACCUGACCCUGGGUGUGAUGCGCCUGGAGAAGGAUGAUCCAGUGACUACGAGGCCCAUCGGUCCCGGAGGCGCGCAGAGCGGAGUCGGAGCUCAUCAUGCUCAGACGGAAGUCGGCGCUCAUGCUCAGACCGAAGUCGGCACUCACGCUCACACCAAACCACGCGCUCAGACCGCCGUCGGCGCCUCCAACACUCCCGCAUCCAACACUCCCGCACCCGCACCCAAAAAAACCGUCUCCACCGCGCUCGCCCUCCUCCACUCGCUCGCGCCCCAGCUCGCCGCGCUCGGCCCCGCGCGGGUCGAGCUGGACCGCCUCGGCGUGCUGAAGACGCAGAGGGGCGGGCGGGAGGCGCAUGUGCUGUGGGUGGGGCCGAGGGAGGUGGGGGAGGGGGAGGGUCGCGAGGGAGCUGCCGAAUCGAAGCGUGCGGAGGCUGCCGAGUCAGCAAGCGGGGGUACAGAGAAGUGCUCGCUGUACGCGAUUGCAGACCUCGUCCAUCAGACCUUCCGUCGGGAGGGGUAUGUUACGGAGACGAGGCCGUUGAAGCUGCACGUCACCCUCUUGAACACCACGCACCGCAAGAAGCCGCGGAGGCGGCUCGCAUUCUCGUACACCGACGUGCUGCAGUCCGAGGCGGUAAAGCUCCUGGGUGCGGUACUUCCAGGACACGCGAAGGCAGGCGACGCGGAGGCGCCCGACGCGGAGGCAGCCAUGGUCAAACACGCCAUCGCCGCCGCGGAAGAAGCUGAACUGGACGCAGAGGCGCUGGAGCAGAUCGAGGCGGGCGGGGAUGCGAUCGUCCCCGAUGUGCGCGCGCGGGGCGAGAUUGCGCGGGUGGUGGCGGAUGGGGAGGUCGCGCGGAAUGAGGGAGAGAAGCCCGACAUCCGGGUGGAUGUGGUGGAGGUCGAUAUUCCAGCGCACUCGGCUUCGGACGCGCCCUCAGCGGGUCUGAACUCUCACCCAACGGCUUCAAGCGCUCACUCAGCUUCCUCGACCGCGCAACCCUCAUCCGCCGUCCCCCGCCACCCCAUCCCCAUCUCGCUCGGCUCGUACGAAGUGCGUGCGGUCCACCUGUGCGAGAUGGGGAGCCAUGGGCCCGAUAACGAGUAUGUGAGCGUCGGGUGCGUGGAGUUCUGAAAAGCGUUCAGCUGGUGUUGCGAUAGCAGCG